AUGACACUUCUGCGUCCAGGAAUCAUUACUGCUUUGAGAGAUGACGUUGGAACCACUUGUGCUGACUGUUCUGCUAGACGCGCAGCUCAACUUGAGAAGCUAGAAAGCAAGAUAGAACAUCUCGUGAGGACGCUCUCCACAACACAGACUCUAGGUGGACAACCAUCGCCGCCAUUAUCUGCCGUAGAUGACGGCGCACUCGUCAGACGCAAGCGCUCAGAUGUCUUCGAGGGCCGCUCUGGAAUCCUCGACGGAUUCUGCGCGGAGUUCGACAAGCAAGACCGGAUGCCGUCAGCGCCGACCAGCAAUGAGCCUUCGCCAACGGCAUCUGUCGGCCGAGGCGACGGUGGAAGGCGGAGCCACCUAGACGCUCAAAUGUACCUUGGUGUUUCUAUGAGCGAGGCUGAGGUCCUCCUUGAUCGCUAUCGACGGCUCUUGGCGCAUUCGAUACCUUGGGUUGUGAUAGCGUCCGAUGCUACCGCGCAACAGCUGUACGACCAGAAGCCAUUUCUACUGCAUGCUAUUGUGACAGUGACGUACUUCCACGAUUUUCCCAAGCAGCAAACGAUGGUCAAGGAGGUGAUGCGGGACGUGAGCGAGCGGAUACUCAUCAAUAGUGAAAAGAACAUUGGUAUCCUGCAGGGCAUCCUAGUCUUUGUAUCGUGGUAUCACCCCCAUAUGUUUUCGGGCCAGCAGGGCAACAAUCUGCUCCACCUCGCCAUAUCAAUGGCUUUCGAUCUUUCAAUAGAUCGCGCCCCAAUGGCAAGCCAUGUCGACUUCAGAGCGGUCGGUGCUAAGUCAAGCCCAAACUUCUGUCCGGUGGCACGCAACCCCACUACAGAUGACCACCGGACACUGGCCGGCAUCUUCUACAUGACCUCUAACAUGGCGUCUUCCUUCAAAAAGCUUGAUGCUUUCGCAUACUCCGACCAUCUGCAUGAGUGUCUGAAACAGCUUGAGCAGCGAAAAGAAUACGAAAGUGACCUGUUACUCGUGCAGAUGGUGCGCCUACAACGACUAGCAGAAGAGGUCCAUACGACGGAGAAGCCAACCGGCCCGAUUAACCUCUAUCGCAAAGCCUUCGACGGUGAGCUUAGCAAGCUCAGAGAAGCAUCUCCUCCAUGCACAGCGGGCAAUCUUUACCUAGGUAUGCAGGAACUGUACAUCGAAGUUUUGAUCUCCGAGGCCUCGUUAUUCGACGUGCAAGAGAAUCGGGGUACGCCACUCCGCUCGCAUCUGGACGAUCUCUACCGACUCAUUGACACCAUCAGACGGUUCUGCGACUUAUACUUCACCAUCCCGGCCUCACAAUACUACCUUAUACCGUUUCAGGUUCUAUCGCAAUUCGCGCACACCUUCAUCCUUCUCACUCGGCUCGCCUCGCUAGAAGUGGAAGGAUGGGAUGCGAAAACAGCCAACGAGUCGCUCGACUAUAUUGGAACUCUGGACAAAGCGGCAGACCGCUUCCAGGCGUCUACGCAAUCUUCUCCAGACGGUCUGCGAGUGAAUAACGACUCGUUUGGCAAAUGGGCGCAGAGACUGCGAUGGAUGAAGAGCAUAUACGAAGCCAAAUUUGGCGGCGCCGCCGCAAUGACAGCUGCAGGUCAAGGACUCUGUAAAGAAGGCAGCCGAACCGAUUUGGUGGGCCCACUCACCACGACGUGGUAUUUGCCAGGAGGUAAGGUGCUGCAGCAACAGCAUCAGCAACCUCAAGCUCAAGCUCAACAACCGUUACAGCAGCCACUGCAGCAACAGCAGCAACAGGCUAUGCAAGCGUCGCAGCAACCGACGCCACCGGAUGACUAUCUCUAUUCCGACUUCUUGAUGGACGAUGCAGUAUGGUCGAGCUUCCUGAACGAUUACGACCCCCUCAACUAUCCCGCCUUCGGCGAUGUACCCAUGGGUGUGAUCAGCCCCUGA